AUGUGCUUGCCGAGUGUUGUCGUUUUGGAUCCGUGCUUCGGAUCGAUAUUAUCAUGGGAUCUCCAGUACAAUCUCAAAGAAUUCGGAUUGUCUCCGAUGAUCUCUCACCGGAUUCCACAUCAAGCAGGGCUUUCCUUGUUGAUCUCACCGACGCGUUGCCGGAAGGCGUUGCAGGAAGCGAAAGCCAUCUCCAAAGAUGGGUUGGGCGCCUUCGCUUCCUCCCAAGGGAUGGCUUUCGACGAGUAUUCGGUCGUGACCUCGGACAGGUGGAAAUUGAAGAUUCAUCGCGUGCGAAGUCCUGACGUCUACAAUAGUACGCUGUCGACCCCCGUCCUCAUUUCUCACGGACUCACGUGUUCUUCUGCGGAUUUCAUGAUGAAUCCCCGAAGUGAAAGCUUGGCUUUCAUCUUGGCUGAUAACGGUUUCGAUGUUUUCUUGGUGAAUCACCGAGGGAAUCAAUUCAGCUACGAAAAGGUCUCGAAAUCCGGGCUUGCGUAUCCCGCGAAAGGAGAGGACAUUUAUGAAUCGGCCUGGCAGUUCAUGUCGCAGUACGACAUACCCGCGGCGUUGGAUUUCAUCCUUAAAGAGACGGGUCACGACAAAAUUCAUCUGGUCGCUCAUUCGCAGGGUAAUCCGGUCAUCCUCGGAUUCCUAGGAAGCGACCACUCCUACGAUGACAAAGUGGGACAUUUCGCUGCUCUCUCACCGGUGGUAAUACUCGGAGACGAUCUCGGACCGACGGUCAAGCUCUUCCUCCGCGCAUUUGCGCCAAUAGUCGAGAAACUUCCCACGUUCCUGUUCAAAAUUGUUACGCAGGCCCGCAUUUUGACUAGCGCUCAAACGUUCGGCAACCGAUUCAUUUAUCCAUUCUGCGAUUUUCUGCCAGGGGUCUGUCAGCUCACUGUCAACUGGAUUCUUCAAAGGGACCUCAUCGAUUUCUUCACUUUGAGCCCAGAAUUCGAUAAGGGGAGAACCACAGUAUUGAAAGCGGUGUGGCCUGGUGGCGUGACCGGCAUGAACACUUAUGAGCUAUCUUCCCAAAUAUACAUGAAACAGGAAGCUUGGACCAGGAUCGACUACAGGAAGAUCCCUCAGAGCGGUAUCACCAAUCAAGAGAUGUACAACCGCGAGGAUCCCCCUGAAUUCAAAUUCGACGAGGCUCGGGUCAACUCAUCGUAUAUCUUCGCAAAGAACGACGUAUUCCUUGGCCUGAAGUCUGCUCAACGAAUAGUCGACUGGUUGAAACCCAUGAAUCAGCUGAUAGUUGAUGAAGAAAGAUUCAGCCAUGUUGAUUUCCUGUGGUCUUGGAGAGCUGCCUGUUUGGUUUAUAAUUUUGUCGUCGAGCAAUUCGUGGAGUCCGAUGUCGCGAGGAGUGCUCCCCACGCUCAAUAUCGUCGUGUGGUCGCGGAGCAUUUGAAGAGCUUGGAGAGCCCUCGCUGUUCCUACAUGGACUCACUCUGA